UCACUAGCAUGGCAAUGUUUCAUCUUAAGCUAUGCUUCUCAGCUCUCAUCCUUUUCUGUUUGACUGCUGACGUCUGCUCUCGUGGCCCCGUCUACAAACCGCCAAGUGUCGAACGCCUAACGGACAGAUUCAGUAAAUCCACGGUCGACAAAAGCUACGAUGUUGCCUUCGGAGCCUCCAAUAUUCAUGUCACGAAUAAUGGGACCACCGCUGCUCUAACUUUAGACAAAUCCUCAGGAUCAGGAUUGGUGUCGAAAAAUAAAUACUACUAUGGAUUUUUCAAUGCUGCAAUGAAAUUGCCCGCCGGUUUUACAUCUGGAGUUGUGGUGGCAUUUUAUCUAUCAAAUGCGAAUCUUUUCCCACACAACCACGACGAGAUCGACAUCGAGCUGCUCGGGCAUGAAAAACGAAGGGAUUGGGUUCUACAAACAAACAUCUAUGGCAAUGGAAGUGUAAGAAAUGGAAGAGAAGAGAAAUUUUACUUAUGGUUUGAUCCUACUCAAGAUUUCCACGACUAUACCAUUUUAUGGAACAACCACCACAUACUGUUUUUAGUGGACAACGUGCCUGUGAGGCAAGUGGCCCACACCCCUGCCAUUGGGUCGGUCUACCCCUCCAAGCCGAUGUCGGUCUACACGACAAUUUGGGACGGCUCAGAGUGGGCGACACAUGGCGGGAAGUAUGCAGUCGACUACAAGUACGCGCCAUUUGUCACAACGAUGCGAGGUAUCGAGAUGGAGGGGUGUGUUUCCAAUAAUCCGUCACCGUGUUUGAAAAGUGGCAUUUCGAGCUUGGAUCCGGUCGAGGGGGAGCCGUUUUCACAGUUGUCGAGACAGCAAUCAGGUGCGAUGGCGUGGGCGAGGAGGAAGCAUAUGUUUUACUCAUAUUGCCAAGAUAAGAUUAGGUAUAAGGUCUUGCCUCCGGAAUGCAAUGCCAAUUAGUAUGUGGUUUUACUUUUAUAUUCUUUGCUCUACAUUUGUAGAGAUAAUGUGUUUUAAAUGUACUGUAUUGUUUAUGGAUCAAUUCCAUCAUUUAUCAAUAAAUUGAAUUUAUAUUAUCUAA